CUGCCCCCCCGCGCGCCUCCUUCUCCGGUCCGCAGAACAGGAAGACAGACAUGUUUUUCAAGCAAAGGCGGAGGACCUCGCAAGCCUACGGUGUCCGUCGACAGCAUACAGAGAUUUAAGCUGGUUUGUCAACAGAAAGUUCCCCUGUCGCGGAUAUGGUGCUCCCCGCCACGGCCUUGGAUCGACUCUAGACCCCGGAUAGUGUGAUUCAGAAAGCGGACUGUGAAGAGAUGUUUCGCCGGGGCCGCGCUUCAUCCGUCGAAAUGGAAGCCGAAGUUUUUUUCGUCACUUCCAGCGAGCUAGCAUGCUAGCUGGCUAACUAGCUGAUUACUUUGCAGCUGUCAGAGUCAUUUGACCUUUUUCCACUCCGUAUUUUUUUCAGAAAUGCAUCUUUCUGUGGAUAUUUUCUUGGAGGAAGGAAGCGACAGCUCUUAUGAAUAAUUUCACUUUUUAUUUUAAGUUGAGGAAUAUUGUUUUGCCACUGUAAAGGGAAGCAGAGCGAUCCGUUGCUGCAUUUUUUUUCCUGUGUGUAAAUAAGCGGACUGGAUAUUUUAUCGAUCAUUUCCUUCUUUUACUGUGGAUUUUUACCAUCCGAGAUGACGUUAAAAUGUAAAAUGGAGAGGAAUAAAUCGUCGAAACCGAAAUUCCUUUGAUUAAUGGCCCUACAACUUUGAUAGGCGAGCAAACUGCGCUUUCUAGUUUGCCAGCUUAAGUAUUUUUUAUAUAUAUAAAUUGGAGGCGUUUUACAGAAUCUUUUUUUAAAAUCACGCAGCCAGAAGUGACAGGAAAAAAAUGUCCGCCGGAGAAAGUUUAGAGGCUCGUUUUGGGAAAAUCGAUGCCAUGCUGAAGGACCCGAAAUCGGAGAUAAACACCGACUGUUUGCUGGAUGGGCUGGAUGCUCUGGUCUAUGACCUGGACUUCCCGGCCUUAAGGAAGAACAAGAGCAUUGACAACUUCCUGAACAGAUACAAAGACACAAUCAGCAAGAUCAGAGAUCUUCGCAUGAAGGCAGAGGACUAUGAGGUGGUCAAAGUCAUUGGCAGGGGGGCCUUCGGGGAGGUGCAGCUGGUGCGACACAAAGCCACGAGGAAGGUUUACGCCAUGAAGCUGCUCAGUAAAUUUGAGAUGAUCAAAAGGUCGGACUCUGCUUUCUUCUGGGAGGAGAGGGACAUCAUGGCCUUCGCCAACAGCGGCUGGGUGGUGCAGCUCUUCUACGCGUUCCAGGACGACCGGUACCUGUACAUGGUGAUGGAGUACAUGCCCGGCGGCGACCUGGUCAACCUGAUGAGCAACUACGACGUGCCAGAGAAAUGGGCUCGCUUCUACACCGCCGAGGUGGUGCUGGCUCUGGACGGCAUCCACUCCAUGGGCUUCAUCCACAGGGAUGUGAAGCCGGAUAACAUGUUACUGGAUAAAUCGGGCCACCUGAAACUGGCGGACUUUGGGACCUGUAUGAAGAUGAAUAAGGACGGGAUGGUGCGGUGUGACACGGCGGUCGGGACACCUGACUACAUCUCCCCCGAGGUUCUGAAGUCCCAGGGCGGGGACGGCUACUAUGGGAGGGAGUGUGACUGGUGGUCCGUCGGAGUCUUCUUGUACGAGAUGCUCGUCGGAGAUACGCCGUUCUACGCUGACUCACUGGUGGGCACCUACAGCAAGAUCAUGAACCACAAGAAUGCCCUCGUCUUCCCGGAAGACAGUGAGAUCUCGAAAGACGCCAAGAACUUGAUCUGCGCCUUCCUCACGGACCGGGAGGUCCGACUGGGCCGCAAUGGCGUGGACGAGAUCAAGCGGCACCCAUUCUUCAAGAACGACCAGUGGACGUGGGAGAACAUCCGGGAGACUGCCGCCCCUGUGGUCCCGGAACUGAGCAGCGACAUUGACACCAGCAAUUUUGACGACAUCGAGGAGGAUCGAGGUGAAGAGGAAACGUUCCCAGUACCGAAGGCCUUCGUGGGCAAUCAGCUCCCCUUCGUGGGCUUUACCUACUACAGCUGCCAUCAGUUAUCCCGGAUCUCCAGCUCCAAGACGAGCGACAAGUGUAGUAGCUCCACCAAGGAGGAGAAGAACCUCCUUGAGAACCUGCAGAAGAGGGUUCAUCAGCUGGAGGAGCAGCUCCAUAGCGAGAUGCAGCAGAAGGACGAGAUGGAGCAGAAGCACAGGGCCUCCUGCACAAAGCUAGACAAGAUCCUGAAGGACCUGGAUGAGGAGACGAACCUGAGGAAGAGUGCAGAGUCCACGGUGUCCUUGCUGGAGAAGGACAAGAUCAAGAUCCAGCACCGGGCGACCGAUAGCCAGAAGAAGGCUGAACAGGAGGCUGAGAAGAGGCGUAACUUGGAGAAUGAGGUGUCAACUUUGAAGGAGCAGCUGGAGGACCUGAGGAUCGUCAGCCAAAACUCCCAGGCUUCCAACGACAAGAUCUCACAGCUGCAGAAACAACUCGAAGAGGCCAAUGACCUGCUCCGGGUGGAGUCGGACACGGCGGCACGCCUGCGGAAGAACCACACGGAGAUGGGCAAGUCCAUGAACCAGCUGGAGAACCAUAACUGCGAGCUGCUGGAGAAGAGCCGCGUGGCCGACGAUGUCAAGCUGCAGCUGGAGAAGGAGCUGCUUCGGCUGCAGGCCGCCCUGGACUCGGAGAAGAGGAACUACAGCCAGGGCUCAGAGGAGAUCCGUGAACUCCAAGCACGCACAGCGAGCCUGCAGGAGGAGAUCCGGAGCCUUAAAACCAACCUGUCUAAGAUGGAAGGGGAGCGGAAGCAGGCCCAGGAGCGCAGUAACAGCCUGGAGAAGGAGAAGAACGGCCUGGAGAUUGACCUGAACUACAAGCUGAAGACCCUGCAGCAGCGGCUGGACCAGGAGAUCACUGAGCACCGCAUGACACGGGCCCAGCUCGCGGACAAGUACGAGUCUAUCGAGGAGGCCAAGUCUGCAGCCAUGACCGUCGUGGAGCAGAAGGUUUCGGAGGAGACCGUGGCCCGCAUGCGAGCAGAGAGCCGGGUGGUGGAGGUGGAGAAGCAGUGCUCCAUGAUGGAGUUCGACCUCAAACAGUCCGUGCAGAAGAUCGAGCAGCUGAUGAAGCAGAAGGAGCGGAUCGAAGACGAGGUUAAGAACCUGCGGCUGCAGUUCGAGCAGGAGGCCAGCAAAAGGGUGCAGGUCCAGAGUGAGCUAAAGUUACGGAACCUGGAGGCCGACCGGCUCAUGGGCUCCGAGAAGCAGCUGAAGCAGGAGAUCAACGCGGCUCUGGAAAGCAAGCGCUCCCUGGAGUUCCAACUGGCACAGCUCACCAAGCAAUACAGAGGCAAUGAGGGACAGAUGAGAGAGCUGCAGGACCAGCUGGAGGCCGAACAGUAUUUCUCUACUUUGUACAAGACUCAGGUGAAGGAGCUGAAGGAGGAGAUUGAGGAGAGGAACCGACAGAUCCAGGAAGUUCACAGAAAAGUACAGGAGUUUCACAGUGAAAGGGAGUCCCUGUCCGCCCAGCUGGACCUGACGGUGACCAAGGCCGAGUCGGAGCAGCUGGCGCGGGCGCUGCAGGAGGAGCAGUACUUCGAGCUCAGCCAGGAGAGCAAGAAGGCGGCUUCACGGCACAAGCAGGAGUGCAGUGAGAAGGACGGCACCAUCACCCAGCUUGAGGAAACCAAUAAAAAUCUCGCCAAAGACUUAGAGAACCUGGCCAAGGAGAAGGCAGAGCUUGAUCAGAAGUUGGGUGUGAAAGAGACAGAGUAUGCUACACAGGAGGAGGAGCUGACAAAUACCAUCAAAGCCAAUUAUGAGAAGAUGCUGUAUACAGAACGCACACUCAAGACUCAGGCUGUGAACAAGCUGGCGGAGAUCAUGAACCGCAAGGAUAUGAAGCUGGACCAGAGGAAGAAGGCCAGCACGACGGACCUGCGCAAGAAGGAGAAGGAGAACCGCAAGCUUCAGCUGGAACUCAACCAGGAGAAGGAGAAGUUCAACUCCAUGGCCAUCAAGUACCAGAAAGAGCUGGGCGAGAUGCAGGCUCAACUGGCCGACGAGUCCAUGCGGUUCACGGAGCUGCAGAUGCAGAUGUACAGCAAGGACAGUGACAUCGAGCAGCUCAGCGAGAAGCUGAACGACCUGCAGCAGCGCAUGGACAGCUCCAGCGUCACCAGCCUGCUGACCGACGAAACGGACGGCAACAUAGCAGAUUCAAGACUUGAAGGUUGGCUCUCCAUACCGAACCGAACUAACAUCAAGCGAUAUGGCUGGAAGAAGCAGUAUGUGGUGGUCAGCAGCAAGAAGAUCCUCUUCUACAAUGACGAGCAAGACAAAGAGCAAUCCAACCCCUCGAUGGUACUAGAUAUCGACAAACUCUUCCACGUACGUCCAGUUACUCAGGGGGACGUCUACCGCGCAGAGACGGAUGAAAUCCCUCGAAUAUUCCAGAUCUUGUAUGCCAACGAGGGUGAAUGUCGGAAGGAGGCGGAGGUGGAGACGACCCUCCAGGGCGACAAGGCCAACUGUUUGCCCCACAAGGGCCACGAAUUCAUCCCCACGCUCUACCACUUCCCCUCCAACUGCGAGGCCUGCGCCAAGCCCCUAUGGCACGUCUUCAGGCCGCCGCCCGCCCUGGAGUGCCGCCGCUGCCACGUCAAGUGCCACAAAGACCACCUGGACCGGAAGGAAGACGUCAUCGCCCCCUGCAAAGUGAACUACGACGUGACCUCGGCACGCGACAUGCUCCUGCUGGCCCUGUCCCAGGACGAGCAGAAGAAGUGGAUCGGCCACCUGGGCAAGAAGAUCCCCAAGACGCCGCCCUCCACCUUCACCAGGGCCUCGCCGCGCACCAUGUCCACCCGCUCCGUAGCCAACCAGUCCUUCCGCCGAAAUCCGAAAAACAUCACGGGCAAAACCAGCUAACCAUCCGCACCAAUGGAUUCUUUGGGGACUUUCUGUGUUUGUUCCUCCUGCAAGACCUUGGGUAUCACCUUAUGCAGCAAAAAAAACAAAAAACAAAAAAAAAGAAAACAAAAUUUACAUGUUUUUUUAAGGAAUGAAAUAAGAAAUUUGAACCAGAGAACAUUGAAAAUUUGGGAACUUUAUCCACCAAGAGGCACCGCGUGUUUAACAGUUGUUGGAAUCCACCAUGUCCAACCUCACUUUGCUUUAGCAGAGAGGUGAGGAUCAUUCCUCCUUCCGGCUGCUGUUUUCUAACGUGCAGGAAGGUCGGCUGUUAAUGUGGCUUCAGCACAUAGGUACAGAUUUCGAUUGUGCAGGAGGUGGAAGUCUAUAAGGGUCGGAGCAUGCAAGAGAUGGUACUUCGUAGAAAGCUUCGUAUCUCAUGUAUCGGGGGGGUGGGGGAGGGGGGGGUGUGUGUAAGCAGGCCACACUGGGAACACCUGACGCUGCACAAGAUGCAUUCUGGGAAGCUACCGACCUGUUCUGUGCAUCUGUAGCCCACGUAGUGGAAUCGGAGAUUAGCAGAGAAGCUUUAGCGUAGUUAGGAUACGACACAAUCCGCUGGUGGUUUCUGGGGAUCUUAUGGCAUCAGUCCUGCCCACUUCUGUCCUAAUAUGGAAGGCAAACACGUUUCAUAGAAUUAACAGAAUAGCUUUGUCUAUUGGACAGUUUUGGCAAAACGUUUUUGGGUACUGAGUAAUGGGUAUUCAGUAUUAGGGGAGGAGAGAAUAGACCAUUUAAAUCUAUGCAUUUUCUUAUUGUUAUUAUUGUAAUUAUUAUUUGCUAAGCCAUAAGGACAACACAUUGUAAUGGCAUUAGACAAACCUAACAGUUAAAAGAAACCAAUGACUUUGAGUGUUUUUGCAGAACAUUUCUGUAAUAUUAUUAUUACUAUUUUGUAAUGUAUGCCUUAUUGAUUCAUAGACAAAUGGUUGGAAAAAGACAUUAAGUUAACAAAAGUAAAACUGCACUGUUUGAAUUGUAAAUUAUUGGUAGAACACUUAACGUGUAGCAUUUUGCCCCCCUAGUGCCUUAACGUUUGGAUAACAGUUAUACUGCCAUAUGUUUGAGUAGCAAUCUCCAAAACGGGACACAAGUUCACAAAUGUUUUUGUUUUGUUUUGUUUUUUUAAAGAAGCCUUUUUGAUUUUAUCUCUGGUAUGGAAUUCCAGGACCUCUCCAUUAUGUUUUGUGUUGAUAGUCAGCCAAUGAAAUGUCAGCUACCUGAUUCGGGGAUCUUGGGAAAUAAAAGCUCGCCCUAUCGAAGGCAAGGCCUCGCUUAGUUUACUCCGGUUGUGCACUGGCCCUUUUGCCCCCCCACACACACAAACUUGUGACACGUGACCAGGGACGACAGCAGCAUUUUGCAGCGAAGGGGGAGGGGGAAAUAAAACGGCUCCUUCGUAGUUUUAAAAAUGGCUUUGCAGUUGUGUUCACUAAAAGAAGCACUGGAACUCUGACCUUUUUUAUUCUGUCUUGGUCUAAUUGCAUGUGAUAAUUGCGUUGGUCGCACUGAUGGAUAUGUGUUAAUAAACAUAUCUUAAUCUACCAUCUAA